CCCGCCGCGGGUGAAUGAGUCCGACUGCGCGGCCGCCGCCCGCAUCCCCGCUCCGGCCGCGUCCCCCGCGCCAGCCCCGGGAGCAACGCGCCGAGACCCUCGCGCGUGUCCAGCCUCGGGCCGGCACCCCGGGCAGGCGCCGCAGCCCCGGUCCUGCCGCCCCCAUGAGGAAAACCAACAUGUGGUUCCUGGAGCGGCUUCGGGGGUCCGGGGAGAACGGCCGCGGCCUGGGGGGCGACGCGGGCGACAAGGCCGCCAAGGGACCGCUGUACAGCAACGUGCUGACGCCCGACAAGAUCCCCGACUUCUUCAUCCCCCCCAAGCUGGCCGCGGGCCCCGCGGAGGCGGAGGGACAGGCCGCGCCGGGCGCGUCCGCGUCGGACCCGAACCCGGCCCCGGCCUCGGCCUCGCCCCGCCUGGCCCCGCGCAGCCCCCGCCUGCCGGCCAAGCUGGCGGCCGAGAGCCGGAGCCUCCUGAGGGCCGCGACGCGCCACGUGAUCCAGAUCGAGAGCGCCGAGGACUGGCCCGAGGAGGCCCCCGCCGCGCCCCCGGCCCCGGGCGCCGCGCCCCUGCCCUCGGUGCCCAAGGCGCACACGUCCUACGGCUUCGCCGCGCUGGCCGAGAGCCCGCACACACGGCGCCGGGAGUCCCUGUUCCACAGCGAGCACGGGGCGCUGGCGCAGGUGGGCUCCCCGGGCGCCGCGCGCCGCCGCGCACCUGCCAAGGCCGACGGGGGCCCCGGGGAGGCCGGCGGGACGCUCAUGAGCCCGGGCCGCGGCCUCAGCGGCGGCGAGAGCGACACGGGGUCCUCGGCCGAGUCCUCGCCCUUCGGGUCCCCGCUGCUGUCGCGCUCCGUGUCGCUGCUCAGGGGCUUCGCGCAGGACGGCCAGGCCAAGGUGAGCCAGCUCCGGCAGUCGGUGGGCCGCCACGGCUCCCUGUCGGCGGACGACAGCACCCCGGACACCAGCCCCGGGAGCCGGCGCCGCCUGACUCGCCGGGCGACCCCGGAGCCCGGCCCCGAGUCGGGCCAGGCCGCGCGCGCGGAGCACACGGUCCCCCUGGGUCCCCGGGGCAGCGUGCGGCUGCUGGCCGAGUACGAGGCCGGCCAGGCCCGCCUGCGGGUGCGCCUGCUGGCCGCCGAGGGUCUCUACGACCCCCUGAGCGACGCCCGCGCCAUCAACUGCUGCGUGGGGCUGAGCCUGGUGCCCGGGAAGCUGCAGAAGCAGCGCAGCACCAUCAUCAAGCACAGCCGCCACCCCGUCUUCAACGAGGACUUCUUCUUCGACGGGCUGGGGCCGGCCAGCGUCCGCAAGCUGGCCCUGAGGAUCAAGGUGGUGAACAAGGGUGGCAGCCUCAAGCGAGACACGCUGCUGGGCGAGAAGGAGCUGCCCCUGCCCGCGCUGCUGCCCUUCCUGUAGAGGGGGGCGCGGCGCGCUCGGCCGGGGGGCUGUGCCGGAGGGGGACCCCGUCUCUCUCCUCCGCACCGGGUGGGGAGGGGCGCACACGCACGCUGGGCGGACGCGGGGCUUCCUGGCUCGCCCAUGCUGACCCGAGUGUUAUUUUUCGUGAAUUAAUUUAUUCUUUGGAGGAGGAGGAGGAGAGGGGCCCCGGGGGAAGAGGAGGGGCCGCUUCGCAGGGCUGAGGGUCUCCCUUGGCCCCACGACACCGCCUGGCCUCUUUCACGCAGAGUUCCAGAAGGAGGUUCUUGGGGGUCCAGGAACGGCCAUGGACAGAGAGGCCACAAGUCCUGGAGCCACUAGUCUCCAGGAUGCACGUGUAUUCCUCCCCCACAACAGCCUGCCUCUGUCGCUUCCCACCUCCCAGUUCCCACCCCAUAGUCCAUCCAGUUCCCGCCCUGCAGAGAGCAGAGCCUCUGGGCCACACCAGGCUCAGACUGCCCGAGGGUCCCUCUCCCAGGGGUCAGGCUGGCUCUGGGAGACCCCAGCUUCCCAGGCUCCGGUGGUGAGUGGGUCGUGCGAGGGUCCCCUCAUGAGGGUGGGCGAGGAGGGGGCAGCCGCGGCCACAGUCGGAGCAGAGGUGCCUUGGCAGAGGCCGCAGGGUGGGGGAGACAGCUCUCUGUCUGCUUUUCCUCCGACGCCGGCCGCGCUUGCUUUCAGGGUGCAGACCUGUCUGGCCACUCCUGCUCACCCUCUCGCUGAGGACUGCCACCCUGUCGCCCUUCUGUCCGGCCUCCUUCCAGCUAGGGGGUGACACGCCAUGGCCGAUGGCCGUGGCUUUGACGCCACGUGUGUAAAUAGACUGUGGCUGUGGUCGGUGGGUGGAAGCCCAGGCCUCAGCAGCGGGUACCCGGCUGUGGCCUUUUGUGCCUCCCGGUGGCUGCAGGGCUUCCCUUGUGUGGUUACGUGGGUCCUUGAAUGAUUUCGGGGAGGUGGUUCCAGCUCGGAAUGAUGCAGAAAUGAUUCGACUUGAAGCAGGGGCCAGGCCGGGCCGGUGCCUUCCCAUCUCCCGGCUGCUGCUGGGCACGGGGGUGGGGAGCGGGCCAGGGCACAUCUGUGGGGUCCCCCGUUACCCCCUUUGCCACACACUGUCCCUCUUGACCAAGGAAGGUGGUGGAGCUGCUUCCCAGGCCUGGAGGAGCAGCCAGGCCGCUGCUGAUAUCCAGCGGGACACACUCCUGACCCCCCCCAGAGGGAGAGUGUGGGGCCCGUGGGGCUGGGUCCCUUCUGAGCCUGGUGUUGCAGAGAUUCCGCUCUCUCCUGAAGCCGGGGCACCCAGGACUGAGGCUCCUCCGGCCGGGGAGGCAGGGAGGGUGCCCUGUGGGGAGAGAGGGAGCUUGCCCCCUUCUCUGACGCGUUCUCCAGGCCCCGUUCUCCCGGGGGUCCCCGUUUUGUAGCCCCCUGCACUGUUCCAUAUGUUAGUGUCUGAAGUUGACUGUGGGUAAAUCUUUAAGACACCCCCCCCCAAGUGUGUUUGUUUAUAAACGCUGUUUAUAGUGCAAUAAAGGUGUUU